AUGACGUGUCCAAGUGUCGAUUCUGUUGACUUGAAAAUUGAUACGUUAUUACAACCAAUAUUUUCAAUAACCAAUCGUAUUGCAAAAUAUCUUGGACGUUUAUUCAUCGUCUUUUUUUUAUGUAUUAUCGCUGUAGUAUUAUAUGUAUUCUAUUUUUGUAUAUUUUGUCAUCUUUAUUUUGACAAAGAUCAACAUACAUUUUUUAUGUUUUUAUUGCAUUUUAUUUUUGGACAUUGGUUAUUAAUCAAUAUUCUAUUCAACUAUAUACAAGCUGUAAGAACAGAUCCAGGCUCAUCACCAAAUUUUGGUAAAUCAAAACCAUACAAUUUUGCAAUAGCAAAUAACGAUUGCUAUAAUACACAAGAAAAUCCCAGCAAUAGUGAUACUAACAAUAAUAUCUCAAAUGCAACGACAAUAGUACAAUUAUCAGAAGAAAGAAAAUCAAAUAAAAAGUAUUCUAGUGGCAAAUACGAAUCCAAUUAUAAGCAGUUAAAAGACAAUGAUGAAGGUGAUACUGUGCAAUCUUUAUUAACAUCCACAUCAAAAUUGCCUGAUUCGUUAGAAGUCUAUAAUCAACAAUCUCAAAUGCAGAAUCAAAAAUUGCAUUGUCAUCAUGUUUGUCGAAAAUGUAUUUUUCCAAAACCGGCUCGAGCACAUCAUUGUAGUGUUUGCAAUCGCUGUAUCCUCAAUCAAGAUCAUCAUUGUCCUUGGGUCAAUAAUUGUAUAGGACAUUUGAAUCAUCGUUAUUUUUUUCAAUUUUGUUUUUUUUUGACAUUGGGAUCGUUUUAUGCAGCAACGCUAGGCUUUUCUGAAUAUCAACAUUUCAUGUUUGGUGAAAAACGUUUCUCUUAUCUUGAUUUAAUACUUGGAACUCGUAUUACUGACAACGACAUAUUACCAUCGGUCACAAAUCCAUCAAUGCAUUUUACAAUGUUGUACUUAUUUAUUGUUUGUGUAUCAGCAUGUUUUGUAUUAUUCUUCUUUACAUUGUGGCACUUUUGGCUGGUAUCGAGAGCAGAAACAACAAUUGAAUAUCACAUUAAUUCUACUGAACGAGCACGUCUAAAGUUAUUAAAAUUAAAAUUUCAAAAUCCUUAUAGUUUAGGAUUUAAAACUAAUUGGCAACUAUUUUUAGGUUUUCAUAGUUUCUACGAUAUUCUUUAUAAAAAUUUAUUGCCAUCAGCUCAUCGACCAUUCUCAGAUGGUAUUCAUUGGCCUAUGCGCACAUAUACAAAUGUAAAUACUCCAUUAUUAAAUGUAUAA